GUCUUUGUGUGGCGGACAAAUGCGAAGAGGAGGAGGUGAAGGAGGAGGCGGCGAGGAGGAGGAGGAGGUGGGUGCUGUUGCUCCUGCGACGUAAGAUCCACAUCAGCUCAACUCCACUCACAUCCCAGCCGGCACUUCCUCACUUUCUCAAGUGGCUGGCCGCCACGCACCGCUCCCUGCCUCCGUCGGGGGGCUUGGUCGAGCCCUCCCCGAGGGUUGGCUUCCCGCUAGACUCGGGGGGGCUCCCUUUCCUGCAGUCUGUCGCUCGCCAGAAGGGGCUGGAUGGUUACACCGGGCAGGUUGGCUCCAUGAUGUUAGGGACUGUGAAAAUGGAAGGGCAUGAGACGAGCGAGUGGAACAGCUACUACGCCGAUACGCAGGAGGCCUACUCGACGGUACCGGUGAGCAACAUGAACUCCGGCUUGGGCUCCAUGAACUCCAUGAACACCUACAUGAGUAUGAACGCCAUGACCACCAGCGGCAACAUGACGUCGGGCUCUUUCAACAUGUCCUACGCCAACCCAAGCCUGGGCGCCGGCUUGAGCCCGGGGGGCACGGGGGGCGCCAUGAACAGCAUGUCCGCUAUGGGAUCGGCCCUGAGCCCCGGGGGCAUGAACACGAUGGGCGGCCCACAGGCCUCCCUGAACGGCCUGAGCGCCUACGGGGCCAUGGCGCCCUGCAUGAGCCCCAUGGGCUACGCGCCCUCCAACCUGAGCCGCGGCCGCGACGCCAAGAGCUUCAAGCGCAGCUACCCGCACGCCAAGCCGCCUUACUCGUACAUCUCGCUCAUCACCAUGGCCAUCCAGCAGGCCCCCAGCAAGAUGCUGACGCUGAGCGAGAUCUACCAGUGGAUCAUGGACCUCUUCCCCUACUACCGCCAGAACCAGCAGCGCUGGCAGAACUCCAUCCGCCACUCGCUCUCCUUCAACGACUGCUUUGUCAAGGUGGCGCGCUCGCCGGAUAAGCCGGGCAAAGGCUCCUACUGGACGCUGCACCCGGACUCGGGCAACAUGUUCGAGAACGGCUGCUACUUGCGCCGCCAGAAGCGCUUCAAGUGCGACAAGCAGCCCGGGGGCAAAGCGGGAGGCGGUGGCGGCGGCGGCGGCAGCAACGGCAGCGAAGGCAGGAAAGAUCCCGGCGGGGGCAGCUCGCCCUUGCACCGGGGCCAAGGCAAAGGAGGCCAGCUGGAGGCCUCCCCGUCCAACCCCGGCGCGGGCAGCCCCCAAGCUCUGGACCACAGCGGGAGCGGAGCCGAGCUGAAGCCUUCGGUGGCCGCGGCGGCUGCAGCGGCUGCGGCUGCGGCGGUGGCGGCGGCCUCUGUCCCCACCGGCCCGGCUUUGGCCUCGCUGGGCCACCCGGGCCACUCGCUGGGGCAUCACGAGUCUCAGCUGCACCUCAAGGGCGAUCCUCACUAUUCCUUCAACCACCCCUUCUCCAUCAACAAUCUCAUGUCCUCGUCGGAACAGCAGCACAAGCUGGACUUCAAAGCCUACGAGCAAGCACUGCAAUAUUCCUCCUACGGGGCAGGCCUGCCUGGCGGCUUGCCCCUCAGCAGCGCCUCCAUGGGCGGCAGGGGCGGCAUUGAGCCCUCGGCCCUGGAGCCUUCCUACUACCAAGGUGUGUAUUCCAGACCGGUCCUAAACACCUCUUAGCUGACAGGGAGGGACUUGAGGGCUAGCCGAGCUGAAUCUUCUCUCCCUGUCCUGUCUGUCUCUCUCUAGAUUUCCAUCUAAAGGGGCAGUAACGGAUUUUCCCCACCCUGCGCCUUCGUUGCGGAAGGGCAAAAAAAGAAAAAAACACACAAGGAAAAAGCAAACACACACAAAAGCGCAAAAGAAAGGACUGUUACUUUAUUAUUGUUAUUACUGUAUCCCGAUGCAUCGUGAUUAUUCUAUUUUUGGCCUGGAAAAUCCAGCGAUUCCCAUCCAACAUUGCAGGCACACACUGUAUAUACCGCCAGGUCUGCCUCUGGCCACUGUAGACUUUGGCUAAGGCAGAAAGAGGUUUGGAGCUAGUCAAUAAUUAUUACGGGGGUUGGGGAAAGUGGAUUUCCCUGUCCUCUUCUUCCCCCUUGAGAUUUUUAUUCUCACGAGAUUUACAGGUUUGGGGUGGUGCUUUAAGUGUAAACAAUAAACAGUGAGUCAGCCCCGGGGUCUAUCUGAGUCCAUGCUAUAUGGCUUCUCUCUGUCUCAGGCAAAGGUUUCCCCCAGCCCUAAGAGCUUUUUUUGCCGGAGGCUGAACCUGGGGGGGCCCUUCUGUAUGCAAAACAUCCGCUCUACACUGAGUUAUGGCCCCUCCAGAAAAAUAUUUUAAAAACCCAAUUUAGAUGUUUAGAUUAAAGGCAACAAGGAAAAUUAUGAGGGACAGCAGAGUGCGGAGAAUUAGGCAAAGCACCAAAGGGGGAGCUCCGCAGAAAGAGAAGGCAGCCUGUCCUUUUGAGACUUGGGGGAGGAAAACAGGGUUUUGGCGGAAGCGCUUCAUCGCCCCCCCCCCCUUGCAUCGAUGGGAAUGGUUCAGAAAUGGUACCCUUGGGAGGUACAAGUCACGCGCACAUGGACUAUGGGCCAGAUCCUGAGCCUCCUCUUGUAUCAUAUGGCAAAGACGGGAGCUGGGGUUCCAGAUGGGACUCUUGCCUGGGACUGGGAUAUGAUAGAAAGUCACACAGGUCACAGCCAUUUAAAGGCGUUUUAUUUUUCCCAAGCUGUUACUGAAGACUCUGCUUCUGCAGAAAAUCUCCUGGCCACGUGGAUGACCCGGUUAUUUAAUCCCAGAAUCCUUUUCCCUGCGUGCGUUCUAGAAUUAUAUAACUCUCUGUAACGAAGUUACUACUGUUCCAGCCUCCCGCGCAGAAUAUUCUAAAUCAAAGGGAGAUUUACUUUCCGCCCUCUCUCCCCUCUUCAGACCAAUCUAUUCUCAACCAUGAUUCCCCACUCACUCCCGCCCCUUGCCGGAUUUGUUGUGGCCGCUUAAUUAUCGCCGUUGUUAGCACGUUCAUCCAGUGUUAAUGCACUUUCCACAGUUUUUACAGGAUGUUUUAGUGUAGCCAGACGGGUUUAUCUUUUCGGUUUUGUUUUUAUUUUUCCCCUGUUCGCUUUUUCAAUGUUCUUAAUUUAUUUGCAUGGUUUAUAUUUUCUUUCUUUACAGCUUUAAAUGGCUUUAAAUGACGGUUUUAAAAUGAUACACACCAUUUUAAAGGAAAUAAAAAAUGUUAAUUUUAUAAUAAAUGUGAUUGUAAUUGAGAAAAUGUUUUGAUUUUUUAAAAAUUGACAAUAUAAGCCGUGAAGUAUGUUUUUCCCCCCUUUCUCUCUCGAUCAUUUGCAGUUAAGGACUUUAAAUAAAUCAAAUAUUAUCAAUGA